CGUCAUGUUUGCUUUCACUUUCACUUCAGCUGUGACCCUGCCAAACGCAACAAGAACUCGGGUACUUUCCACUUUGAUGAAUCCACACUCAGACUUCCGACACAGUCCUGUAGAUACCCAUGACAGACUGGUCUAAUGAGGUACUUCCCCAGAAAGAGUUUUUAAGUCUGCGUCAUUUUCCGACGCGUUUCCUCUUCUCUUUUAGAGGCUGACUCUUGCCUCUUCUAUGUUUUCACAGCUGUAGGUUUGCAGGCAUAUCGGUCCGGAUCGCUCUUUAGCGCUCAGCAUGUUAGUCUCCAGUGCGCCGCAGUCCUUGCCAUUUCCGGAUCGCCUUCAGGUGAUCAAUCAGAUCCUGGAUUCCCUGAGCAGCUGUGAACGCAGGAGACUGUGCUACCUGUGUGAGAGGCCGGACGCAGACAGCAGUGUGGCCUCUGUGAAGGAGAUGCUGAAUUCUAAAGUUACGUCCCAUGAAAAUGCGCACCUCCUCCUGGAAGAGCUCAUGCUGCGAUUGGGGCGCUUUGACAUCCUGAAGAAGGUGCUUAAAGUGAGCAGAGAGGAGGUAGAGAGGAGUCUGAGGUACAAUCAGCUUCUCCCAGGAUACAGAGUGCUGAUGGUGAAUAUAUGUGAGGAUCUGGUCAUUGCCGAUUUGGAGGAUUUAAAAUUCUUGUUGAGCAAAAAAGUAUCCCGUGAGAAGACUGAGAAUGCAAAGAAUUUCCUGGAUGUGAUCAUUGAACUCGAGAAGCUCGAUUUAGUUUCACCCGACAGAGUCGACGUUUUGGAGGAUUGUUUGAGAAGCAUCGGCAGGAUUGAUCUAGCCAAAAAAGUGACCGCUUACAAGACGGCAGGUGGGAUACCUGAACAGCAUUCACCUCAACCAAGCUGCACAGCUUCUCCAAUACCACAAAGACAGCCCUUCUUCGCUGCAGCCAGAGUGAAUGCGCCUGUAUACAGAGAGCAGAGCUGUGCGAGUCAGAUAGAUUGGUACAAAUUUAACACAAAACCCAGAGGAGUCUGUGUGAUCAUCGACUGCGUGGGUAAUGAUGGAGAAAUGUUGAAACAGACAUUUAAGGCUCUUCACUUCAACGUGACCCUCUACCAGUGGCUGAGUGCUGAAGACACGCUCUCAGUUCUCAGAGAAACCAUCCGACAGAGGGAGACCCACAGAGGUGAUGGCUUUGUCUGCUGCAUCAUUAGCCGCGGUACAGCCAAUCAUCUCCUGGGUACAGAUAUGUACGGCAGAGGUCUACCUAUGGACGCUGUCAGGCGUCUUUUCAGCGCCGACGAGUGCCCCAUGCUGGCUGGCAAGCCCAAACUCUUCUUCAUCCAGAGGUACAGCGCUCCAGAGCACAUGCCCUGUGCCAGGGUGGACCACCGGGAUGAGGACCUGGAGACAGACGGCUGCGACGGACGUCCCAUAUGCAAUCAAAUCCCUACAGCUGCCGAUGUGUUCUGGAGUCACUGCUGGACGGAUGAACGUCAGCUGGAGCGAGGGCAGCAUCGCUCGGUUUACCUGAAGGCCCUGACAGACGGCUUAGAAAAAGCCCAAAGGAGGAAAACUCAUCUUGUUGACGUUCAUACGGAGGUGAACGGGGCCAUCUUUGAGCAUAACAAAAGGCAUCCUGGAGAAAACUACCACAUUGAUGUAAAACACACUUUAAGGAAAGAUCUUUAUUUAGAAUAGAGGAUUUAUCACUUUGGGCUGCAAGGUGGUGCAGUUGGUCGCAGCAAGAAGGUCGC